AUGGUCUCGGCACCAACGUACCACAAGUGGUUUCAGCGAGCGAUGAUGCGUGCGGGUCUCCUCUUUGCCGCGACCGAAAAUGACGAGGCUCUCGACGCUCUGCGGCUCUACUGGCUCGUCUCGGUCAUCUACCUUACGCUUGCGAGCAACUACCGCGUCCGAGUAUGGAUUUGCGACGACUGCUUCGACAUCUACACGCUCUUGUGGUGCAACCCAGGAUCGCUCGCACGCUGGACAAACGACGAGACCAACGUCUUUGCAACGCGUGCGGCCACCCACAUCCAACACAUUUUACAGACUUGUGCCGAGUCGUGA